AUGUCGAACACAACUGUCGAACCGCCUGUAGUCAACCCAGCCGCAGCACAUUCAUUUCUCUAUGGAGCCUACCUGGGAUCGGCGUGCUGGGCGCUGCGCAGGUUCGUAGCCUCCGUUUCGGGCGAUGGCAAGGCCUUUGACAAGAUCAUCAAUAUUACAACACCGGGGCUCGGCCAAGGCAGCAUCACUGCCUCCGUGUGCCUGCCCAAAUCGAAAACUCCCAUCGGCGGCAGACUCCCAUGCGUCGUUGUCUUGGAAGGCGGCGGCUUCAUCCUCGGCGAACCCAACGAUGGGCAGGACAUGUGUAGAGAGAUGGCAGAUAAGAGCGGCGCCAUCAUCCUCUCAUUGGACUACGCCAAGGCGCCACGAUACCCGUUUCCGCACGCCCUGCUCCAGGGCUACGAGGUGCUCCAGUGGCUCGGGACAGACCAGUCGCAGCAGGUUCUAUCCGCCGAGAUCGACACCUCGCGUGUAGCACUCUUGGGUAAGUCCGCCGGCGGCAACCUCGUGGCUGCGCUGUCGCUACUGGUGUCAUUCCCUGCAGGGCCUUGCGCCAGCUUCCGCAGGGACUUGGGGCCUGACUUCCGCCUCCGCGCGCAGCUCCUGCUGUACCCUUCCACGAGCAACAACGAGCUCUAUCGCGUUCGGUACGCGGGGACCGACGAGGCCGCCCGCACUAGAUCCCUUCCUAUCUGGAUGGCCGAGCUCAUGGAGUCUGCCUACCUCCCGCCUGGUAUAGACGUUGAUCAGAUCUUUGUCGCGCCAAAUCUCACAACUCCUACCUUGCUCAAGGAACUUGCUCCCCAGCUGGCCCCCUGCGCGCUCUUCAUCGCUGGACUCGAUUGUCUCAAGGACGAGGCCCGCGCAUAUGCGGGCCUGCUGCGCGAUGCAGGCAUCGAGACCGAGGUGCUCGACUACCCGCUGGCCAUCCACGGGUUCCCGCACUACAAACCGGGGCAGCCAGACUAUCGCGAGGAGGACAUCAAGUCGUGCAGGGCCAGUGUCGUUAGGAUACUCUGUGAACGGUUCAGACAGUAGUUUGACUCGCUGUGCGCCGAUCCGUCAACGGAUGGUCGCCUCGUCCUGGUGUCUAUCUGCUUCUCGUCACCUUUGUCCUUUCCUCUUCCCACAGGCAUGUUUGAUGCUGCGUGUGCAUCUAUAUUAUAUUGCCUAUUUCCGUCCUCGAGUCGGGGCUGUUGUACUGUGCAUCUCCAUAUUGAUAUUAUAGC